GGGACGCGGUGACGGAGCGGCAAGAUGGCCGAGUGUGGUGUGCCGGUCCUGUUCUCCUUCUCAAGUUUCUCCCGGGCCAGCUCGGUACCGGCCGGCUCCGGUCAUGAGGUACUCAUACAGAAGUUCCUCAGUCUUUACGGCGGCCUGAUUGGAGUCCAUCGCAAGUUCAUCAUCCAGUUGGAGUCACCCGAAUGGGGCGAGUACAUCGACCUGCCCAAGGGCUUCGUCGUCAACGAGAGGUGUAAGCUGCGGCUGGUGUCUCUGCAAGUGCCGAUUACUUCGCUUGGAAACCUAGUGACUUCCAGUACUGUGUUUUUCUGUUGUGACAUGCAGGAAAGGUUCAGGCCUGCAAUCAAGUAUUUUGGAGACAUCAUAAGUGUGGGCCAAAGGCUGGUUCAGGGUGCUCACAUUUUGGGAAUUCCUGUUAUUGUCACUGAACAAUAUCCAAAAGGACUUGGGAGUACUGUAGCAGAAAUUGAUGUGACAACAGCCAAGAUGGUUGUGCCUAAGACUAAAUUUUCAAUGGUUGUACCUGUUGUGGAAGAUGCUCUGAAUGAAAUGCCUGGAGUUCAAAGUGUUGUGUUGUUCGGGGUUGAGACUCAUGUUUGCAUACAGCAGACUGCACUGGAUCUGAUUGGAAGAGGCCUUGAAGUUCAUAUUGUCGCUGAUGCAACUUCUUCAAGAAGUAUGAUGGACAGAAUGUUUGCUUUGGAGCGCCUAGCCCGCACCGGAAUUAUAAUUACCACCAGUGAAGCCAUUCUCCUGCAAUUGGUCGCUGACAAGGAUCAUCCUCAUUUCAAGGAGAUUCAAAAUCUCAUCAAAGCAAGUGCACCAGAAUCUGGGCUCCUGUCCAAAGUCUAAACAAACAGAAGCAUCAAAAUUUCCCAGUGAUGUUGUCUGGCAAACGAGUCAUCUCAUGGAAUUUGAGGCACAUUCAGUUUCAACAACCGACAAGCGCAUUAGGCUUAAGUGCUUAAAAUUGUUUGGGUACCAGUAUGAUCUUUUUGUAGUUUCAUUUUGCUGUUUGACAUGGUUGCAGGUUUUAAAUGCUACAGAUGCUAUGUAAUGGAGCGGCAUUUCUGUAAGUGUUAUCAACUGCCUAUUUAUUUGAGUGAAAAAUAAUUGUAUUACAACCCCUGAAGUAAAUUUUCUUGGUUUUGAUUACUUGUGCUCUUUGUAAAUGCAAAUACAUGUUCAAUGGAAUCACUUUUUUAAUAA